GUGAAUGAGGAUAUGUCUGGUAAUGUCACUCAAUUACAAAAUGAAAUUAAAAAAUUGAAACAAUUACUAUCGACCAAUCAGAAUACAGUGGGUGGAGCUGGUGGGUGUGGUCAAGGCGAUUCUAAAGAAAUGUUAUUAACGUGUAUCAGAGACAAGGAGAGACUGGAGGAAGAGAAAAUGUUUUUAUUAGAAAAAGUUGACAAGUUACAAGAAUUGAAUAAAAGACGUGAGAAAUCGCUACAGUCCAUUAAGAUGAUUCUCAAGUUAAGAGAUUCUCAUAUUUCUAAAUUAGAGUCGAAGGCUCCACCCACAACUGAUGACAUCAUAAAACGACAACGAGAAGAAAUCAAAGAAUUGAAUCGCUGCAUUGAUCAUAAUCCAAUGGUCACUAAAUUUGCGGCUGAAAAUAUUGAACUAAGAGGUGAGGUUAAGCGGCUCCAGUCCCUAUCAGUUGGUGAUGGGUUGUGGGCGGAGCUAACUCAGUUGAAGACCUAUACUCGACAGUUGGAGAAGCAGUUGAGUGGGUGGGUCAAAGAGGAGGCGGGGUCUUCUGUUGCCAUGGAAACCAGUAAACUCAAUUGUGAAAUUGAGAAGUUGCAUAAUCGCUGCCAAAAACUGCAGACUGAAGUUACCAUGGCUCAGGAUCAGUUAAAUUUGGAAAGAGAAGAGAACAAAGUUAAAAUAUUUUCUCUUGAAACUUCAUUGAAGACAGCAAACAAGAAAGUUAAAGAUUUACAAGUGAGAGACAAUACAGCAACACAUCUUAACACCUUACCAAUAACUACUGGCUAUCAUGCUCCUUUCCCCCUAUCACCAGUACUGCUGCUUAUUUGCUAAUAACAAUCAAAUUAUGCUGUCCAAAUGCUGCUCUAC